AUAUCCUUUACAUUUGUUUUUCCACGGGGAAAAAAUUUGUUGGAUGGCAGUGAGUAGAUGAUUAAAAUCAGUUAGCGAACCAACGGUUCCAUGGUCACGUCCACCGUUGAUGACCUCCGUCGCUCGAAGCCUUCAUUCCGAUCGUCUUCUCCGCCGUCUAAAAAACUCCCCUUCUCUUCCCCUUGCCGUACUCCAUCAAAUCCAAGCCCAAAUUCUAACGAACGCAAGCCUCCAUAACUCUACCCCUCUCCUUUCCGAAUUCCUCUCAUCUUGUGCCCGUUCUCGCAACUUCUCCGCUGCUUGCCUCCUCCUUAAGAAUCUUUGCAGCCAAAUCCCGUCAACAUUGAAUCAUGUCCUCCGCUCCCAUGCCGAAUCCCUCUCCUCUCAACAAAUCUUGGUUUUAUACCGAGAAAUGGUCCGUCAAAAGAUCCCCCAAGACAGAUCAAUCUUCACAGUUAUGUUCCGCGCCUGUGCCCAGGAGGCCUCCAGCGUUGGGGAGUCCCUCCAUUGCCACAUUCUGAAGUUGGGAUUUGUAUCCAAUCUCUUUCUAAUGACAGGAUUACUCGAUUCCUAUGCCAAAAGAGGAUCUUUGGGAUCUGCCGAGAAGCUGUUUGAUGAAAUGGUUGAAAAGGACGUUGUUGCUUGCAACGCCAUGAUUGCUGCAUUGAGUGGUAAUGGCCGCACAGAAGAUGCGAGGAAGUUAUUUGAGGGAAUGCCAAAGAAGAGUUCGGCUUCCUGGAACACUAUGAUCACGUGUUAUUGCAAGCAAGGCAAUGUUGCUUUAGCUAGGGAAAUUUUUGAUCAGAAUCCAGUUAAGGAUAUUGUUUCCUGGAAUGCUAUGAUCGAUGGGUACUGUAAAAUAGGACAGCUUAGCGUUGCACAUCAGCUGUUUGAACGUAUGGGUCAUGCGAGGAAUUCAGUUACUUGGAAUACUAUGAUGUCUGGUUAUUUGCAUCAAAGGGAGUUUGGUACUGCAAUUUCAUUGUUUCGGGAGAUGCAGAUGGAAAAUGUUAAGCCUACUGAAGUGACUAUGGUGAGCUUGCUUUCAGCUUGUGGUCAUUUAGGUGCUUUAAAUACGGGCAGAUGGAUUCAUGCUUAUAUUUGCAACCACCAUUUAAAUAUUGAUGUUGUUUUGGGAAAUUCUCUUAUUGAUAUGUACUUUAAAUGCGGUAACAUUGAAACUGCACUUGAGGUCUUCCGUGGAAUGCCUUCGAAGAACGUUUUCUGCUGGAAUUCUGUCAUUGCAGGUUUUGGAAUGCAUGGCCAUGGAAAAAAAGCCAUAGAAAUAUUUCUUGAAAUGGAAACAACUAGUGGAAUUAGGCCAGAUGAGAUCACAUUUGUUGGGCUACUAUCUGCAUGUGGUCACUCUGGUUUGAUAUUCGAAGGCAAAAGAUAUUUCUCUCAAAUGUUUGGAGUUUAUGGAUUAGUGCCGCAGAUUGAACACUACGGCUGCAUGGUAGAUCUUCUAGGUCGUGCAGGUCUACUUCAAGAAGCAUUGCACUUUAUAGAAACAAUGACCAUCAAACCAAACUGUGUAGUUUGGGGCAGCUUGCUUCGUGCAUGUAAAAUUCACAGAGAUACUAAGACAAGCGAGCAUGUGACGCAAAGACUUCUAGAAUUGGAUCCUAAUGAUGGGGCGAAUUAUGUUUUCUUGUCCAACAUUUAUGCUUUGGCAAAGCAAUGGGAAGAUGUUGACACCUGUAGGGCAAUCAUGAUUGAGAAAGGGGUUCACAAGGUGCCUGGGUGUAGCUCUGUGGAGGUGAAUAACGUGGUUCAUGAGUUUGUUGUUGGUGAUACUUCACAUCCGCAGUUUGAAAAGAUUAGCAUCUUUCUGCUUGAGAUUGAGAGGGAGCUGAGGAACCUGGGUUAUCGGCCAGGAACAGGUUCUGUACUUCAUGAUAUAGAGGAUGAGGAGAAAGAAAAUGCUGUUUUGUAUCAUAGUGAGAGGAUUGCUAUUGCUUUUGGGCUGAUUAACACAAGGAAAAUGGAGCCGAUUCGAGUGGUGAAGAACCUUAGAGUUUGUAGUGAUUGCCAUGAAGCAAUAAAAUUUAUAGCUAAACUUUUUAAGAGGGAAAUUAUUGUAAGGGAUAGGAGUCGCUUCCAUCAUUUUAGGGAUGGAUCUUGUUCUUGUCAGGAUUAUUGGUGAGGACCUAAUUUUAUUUUUCAAGGUAAUAUUAUUGAUCAAUCUAUUUAUUGGGUUUAAUUAUUGACUCUACUGCUACAGCUUCUGUAAUUUUUACUUUUACCAGCUCAUGUCAAA